CAUCUGAAGGACCGGACUAGUAUGUUGAUGUAUGUCGCUGCGAACUAUCGGCACUUUGCGUCCGGCAUUUUCCCCUACGGCUUCACGGUGACCAGCGGCGACUUUGCGCCCGGCAGCAACUGUCACCUGGCGGUCGAUGCGGAGGAAGACAAGGAUCACCUAGUGAGGAUCUUUACCUCGCUGCACUUGCAGCGGCUGCGGAAGUCCACGCCGCCGAACCACACGGUGCCCAGUGUGAUGAGCACACGCACCGGCAACAGGACGCGCACCUCCCUGGAUGCCAUCACCGACCGCGUACGGAGCUUCAACCGGGCCACGACGGUGUCGAUCACCAGCCGCUUGCUGCAGCGGAGCCCCUCGUCCAGUGGCAGGACAGUGGGUUCCCCCUUCUCCAAGCGCUCACCAACCACUGGGCAGGCCAGUCCCGGAAGCCUCAUCAGCGAGGAGGUCGCGGCUGCAGCUGCGAAUCCGGGCGUGGACAAGGAUGGGGCCCCCAUCCGGAAGAGCAUGGCGGUGCAUAUCGAGCUGAAGGGCUUGGAGUUCUGGCUCCCUUCGGAGGUGGAGGUCCUUGCCACUGCAGAAGAUGCUAUCCUGGAGGACGAUACCAGGGAGUUGGGGAUUCUGGUCGUGGCAUCGGGAGAGGGCGAAACCGGCCACUCCGUGCAGGUGAACUUGGAGCAUUUCGCUGCCGUUUGUGCUCCUUUGAACCGCUGCUGGUGGCCGGAUGAAGCACCACAGGAGCCCUUCCCGGAGCCUACGGGUCGUCGACCCUGGCCAGUGCUGGUCUUCCUACCGAAUCCACCUGAAGGAGGAAGGGAGGCCUCCAUUAUGAGCUCCUUUGGAGCCUUAGAGAUGUGGGUCCAGAGCGAGGUGCCCUCGCCCGGGGAGUCCCCCUCAAGAGGCAUAGACUCGUUCCGCUCCCCAGGGACGGCGUCUUGCCCAGGAGGCGGCUUGGGGCUUCGUCGGCCACCGCCUUUGGACCUGGAUGCGAGGCCGUCGGAGCACCACUUCUCCAUGCUCUUGAAAUCGCCCCAGUCGCCCGUGGAGCGGCUCAUCUCGCCGGAGCAUGCGGAGACCACCGCGUUGCAAGCGUUGGCCCGGGGCGAAACAGUGGAAGGACAACUGGUGGACACCCGAGGCUUGCAGAUGAUGCUGCUUUGGGAACCGGAGAAGCUCAUUGGAGUGAGGUUGGAGUCCAUUUUGGUGAAUGUCCCUUUAGAGCUCGUGCGCUGGUGGCGAGGCUUCAAGGAGCAUACUUGGUCCUUUUUGGAGUUCUCCAGCCUUGGUUCGGAGCUGCUUCAGGCCCCCGAGACUAGCCGUCACUGGGCGGCGCCCAUGCAGCUCCCGGCGAGCCGCGCUCCACUGCGACCUCACUUGGAGCAGGAAACCGAAACCGUGCGGAAGUGGCCCACACUCUUCUCAGGCGCCGCUCCUCGAGUCCGUCGGGCGAGUACCUCCACCCUGGCGUCGGAAGCCUCCUUCCGGCAGGUCGAUGCGGCCAAGGUGGCUGCUCCACAGACUUGCUGGAAGCUGGAGCUUGAUGCCCUGGGCGAGUUGCAACUGCGCCUGGCAGGGGGCGUUUUGGCUCCAUCGCGCUGGGUGGCGCUCCGGAUCUCUGACUUCCACGUGCGAGGCCCAUUGAGUCCCGCUGAGAUGGAUCCGUUGUGCUUUCUGCUCACCUGCGACGUGGUGUGCCACGACGCGGCCGCUGCGCAGCUGCUUCCCUUGGUGGAACAGUUCGAGGUCACCGUGGACUUGGAGCGGAGACGGAACGAGAUUUGCUGCAAUGCCAGCACGGCCCGAGUGAACGUCAACAUUGAUCGGGUCUUGGUGGACUUCUUCCGUACCGUGCGUCAGGGCUUGAAGCAGGUCCAAGAUGCUCCCAUGCAGCCCGUCCGAUCCUUCAACUUCCACAACGGCACCGGAGUGCAAAUCACCGUGCGCUGGCGGCAAGGGCGGCAGAGUACUUCGGUCGAACUGCUGCCGGGGAUGUGCUCCAACGUACAUCACUUGAGCCAGAACCGAACCCACCGCUUCGCUGAAGUGCGCUUGUGGCUUGAGGAGUUUCAACUGGAAGAAGUCGUCACCAUCGACUUAGAUCACACUUUUGGCCGUGCCUAUCAAGUGAGGGAAGGUUGCCCCAUUUUUGUGGAGCCAGAACACGACUUGAAAGACGGCAAGUGCACCUUGCACAUCAAGAGCGCCCUCACCAUCCACAACGACACCGCUCUACCCUUGAGACUCACGCUGGCGACGGCGAUGUUCCAAAAGCUCUCCUCCCAAGUGAGCGAUUUGCUGCGCUCCGGCACCCGGAUCGUCUCCUUUACGCAAUCCUUAGAGGAUUGGGACGACGAGGCAGCAGAUGGCCGAGCACGUUUCAAGGAGUUUCAAGGGCACUUGGAUGUGCCCGCCCAGUCCUCGGUGGAGGUCCCUGUGAGCUGGUUCGUCUUCAGCCAGAUGCACCGCCCCUCAGUGCGUCUCCAAGCCCUAGGCCCAGGCUUUGGUGGAGUUAGCCGGCACUUCCCACAGUUGGCCGCUCUGUUGGAAGAUGUAUCCAUCGCGGAGGAUGAGGACUUUGAUGAUGAGGAUGUCACUGCAGGACCUUUAGCAACCGGUGCCCGCCUGAGACCGAGGGAGGCGGAAGCCGAGCGGCGAGGCGAUCGCACGAAGUUCAGCCUCUUUCUGCGGACCUACAUGAAGCUUUCCGGCUACAUCGAUGCACAGGACCUGCCCUUAGCUCUGGAUGAGGAGGACGUUCAGCAGGUGCAGCGUUUCCAGAUGCAUUUGGGCAACUUGUUGGCCAUCCGUAACAUGUUGCCCUUUCCCGUGGUGUUUCAGAUGGUCACGCCCGACAACUCCUUCAAGGAUCUCCCCUUGCCCGACCUGAGGUCGGUCCACGAAGUGCUGGACAAGACGAGGACGAAUGGUCAGCGUGAGAAUUCGCGCAUCAACCUGCCCGACCUCUUGGACUACCCGGCGCGGUGCUAUGCGCAGGUGGAGCCAUAUGAAAACUUGGUCGAGCACACCCAGCUGGACGGCAUUGCCGAGCUGGCCAUGACCGCUGCCGACCGCGCGAAGCACGAAACCCGCGGCCUCGUGACCUACGUCCUUGGUGUGGACGAGGAGGUGGCGCUGCCCUUCGCCAAGCGCCUCCUGCGGAUCCGCUGCAUGGCCUCCGAUCACCACUUCGGCUGCGAGGGAGAGGAAUGCAACAGCCCCAGAGAGUCGACGAUGGAGGAGGCGCAGAUCGCGGUGGGCCAGGGCUUUCUGAAACUCCCCGCCGUGAGUGCCAACCGUCCGCACCACGAGCAGCUCGUUCUGGAGACGCCUUUGGGGCAAUCUGUCCAGGUGAGCUUGGAGUUGACCCGUGACAGUUGCGUCCUCUUCGUGCCCUUCAUUCUUGAGAACUUAACUCCUCUGACGCUGUGCGUGGACCGAGAUGACCCUUCGAUGCUGCUGAAGCCGGGCUGCCGAGCCGUUCUGCCCACAGAUCCACAGCGCCCGGACACCGCGUUCUUUUCCAUCGUUUCGGCCAAAGAGGCUCAGGAACGCCGAGCUGGGUUUAGCCCAGGAAAGCUGACUCCAUCGAGGCAUCAGAGCAAUCGGACCUCAGGCUCCACCUCCACAGCCACGGGGCGGUCGCUCCACUUCGCGGUGCCGUUCCUCUCCGACGUGGGUCGCGAGCACAGGUUCUAUGCUGUCGAUCGUCGGCUGCCGCGCCGGGACCAGGAGCUGGCGAAGCAAGGGCAUGCUGCCUUGGAAGCACUGCCUGGGCACUAUCCUGCUACGAUGGCCAGGGAGGCUUUAUGCAGGUAUUAUGGGCCUCAAGGCGACUUCGUGAGAUUGGGCCUCUUCAUCGAACAGCACAGCGGCUGGAGUGCAUUGGCCUUCGGUGGCAACGGUGGCAUGAAGGGUGCUCAGCAGUUCGUGGUGCGCAAGGUGGACGGCGCCUUCGUGGCGGAAGAGCGCUACUCCACCGACUACGUCACCCCGGCAUUGCAGCCCACGCAGGAAGUGGCCUUGAUUUUUGCCAACGAGGAGUCCGGCAACACGGCUUGGGGGAUUUUGAUCCCCAAGAGCACAUGCAAUGCAGGGGAGAGGUAUCCAGUGGAGGAUUUCAGUCGAUUCAUGCAUUGGGCUCUAGGCUCCAGCCACGAGUUCUUGUACCACACCUCACGAGGCCAGUUCCAUGCCAACCUCCUCACCGGACCCAUGACACUGGAGGACUUCAGCAAUGCCAAGAACGUGUCCUUCGAAAUGCCCAACGUGCCAGUGGUGAUGGGCGCAGGUGGCCACGAUGAGAAGAACCCCUACGUCUGUGGGAUGUUCGAUCUCUCCCAGAUGCUCCCGAGCGAUUUGAGCAUCGACAGCAAGCACCACGUGGCCAUGUUUAGCCCCGUUUUGGAUCCCAACAGCGUCCAGUACGUGCACCACAUGAUCCUCUAUGCCUGCGAUGAUGGCGUUUUUCAGCAUUUGCAGGUGAUCCCUGAGUGCGAGUCCAUGCCUCCCGGAUGCAACCAGAUGAAGUGGCCCUGGGCCGUCGGCAGCGAACCCAUCGUCUUCCCCGCGGAGGCGGGGAUGCCAAUGGGUGAGGGGAAGAAGUGGUUUGCUUUGCAGAUGCACUACUACAACCCCUCCCUUGACACUGGCGUCAUGGACAGCAGCGGCGUCCGGGUGACCUUUGCCAAUACUUUGCGUACCCACGACGCGGCAACGUUCCGGUUCAACGGUGGCACCGGCGACAACCAGCGCGACCCCAUUCCUGCCGGGCAGUCGGAGUACACGCUUUCGCCCAAGGCCACGGUGCCUGCAUCCUGCACCAAUACCUGGAACGUGGAGGAAAUCAAUGUUCUGGGAGUGGUCUACCACGCACACCUCGUGGGCAAGAACUUGAACAUCGAUGUGAUGCGAGGCGAUCAGCUCGUGGGGAAGCUGCGGCGAGAGAAGCUCUAUGACUUCAAUCAUCAAUCCCUGGAGCCAGCCUCGGUGUCCAAGAUCAAGAGAGGUGAUCAAUUGGUUCUGUCCUGCACCUAUGACACCAGCACACGCACCGGUCCCACCACGUUUGGCGACUUCACCCAGACCGAGAUGUGCUGGUCGGCCUUCAUGUAUUACCCGGCCCAAUCCAUGAACCGAGCCGUUUACUAUGGUGGCAUCUCCAUGAUGUGCCAGGGCGGUGGUGGAGUCAAAACGAUCCAGGGCAACACGGUUCCCGCCGAGAGCUGUAGCACGGUGGGCGACUUCACCUCCGAUGCCGGAAAAGAGUUGCUGCAAUCGCUGGGCAUCAACGCCACUGCAUUUUUGAACAACUACCAGUAUGUGAGCACCAGUGAGGGCACGUAUCUGAGCUCCAGUGCCAGCAUCAUGAGUUCUGUGAUUCCAUUUGUACUGCAGGCGGUGAUCCUCUUCGCCGAGCGGGCCUAG